AUGGCCGGUGGGGAACCGACAUUCGUACCGUACACUUUGAGUCAACUUCGCGACGGUGACGUUCCGAAGGACCGACCGAUUCAUAUAUUCACUGAGGGUGUGUUUGAUAUGUUCCACUAUGGUCAUGUCCGACAACUACGUCAAGUGAAAGAAGCAUUCCCCGACGUCAUAGUGACUGCUGGAAUAUGCAGUGAUGAAUUGGUUCGUAAGUAUAAGGGUGGGCCACUGGUGAUGUCCUACGAAGAACGAUUUGCUUCCGUGGCAGAAUGCAAAUAUGUGGAUUACGUUAUCGACCAUGGGAUGUUCUAUCCAACAGUUGAACUGCUUGAUGAAUUGCAGGCUGAUCUGAUCGCUCAUGAUGACAUUCCUUACGUAUGUCCGGAUAGCGAUGACUGCUAUAAACCCUUCAAAAAACUCGACCGUUUUCUCACUACACAGCGGUGA